UCACGUGAACACAAACUUUUUACUCCGACCUCCUAAUUCACUUAUACUUCGUACAAAUUAUACUUUAGAAUACGAAGGGGUAGCUUGGCGCAAAACCCUGGUGUUCAGUUUCAAGCCGCACAACUUCAAAACUUAAAACACAGCAACCAACAACAAUGGCGACUGGCAAAGCAGUAAGAGGCAAGAACAAACCCUCAAAAUUUGGCAAGAAUAAACCCUCAAAAUUUGGCAAUAAUCGUCCUAAAUCUCUUGCUCCCAAAAAACCCAAAACCAAAAAUCCCAAGAAAAACAAAAAACUAUUGAAAGAUAAACCCACAAUUGAAAAGGAAAUUAAGGUUGAUAAACCCAUCAAAAAAGCUGUUGUUACUUCCCAAAUUCUACCACCAUCUGAGCGUCGCAAAUUUUUUGUUGAUCAAUUUGAAUCUGCAAGUGGCAUCAAACUCUCUUCCCUUGAGUUGGAAUCCAUUAAAGAUACGUACUUUCCAAAGCCGUUGGAGAGAAUUAGUCAGGAUGCUGGCAACUUGGGGGAGCAUAUUAAAGGUGUAUUUGGAUCAUCAUGGAAAGAAGUGCUUUGUGAAUCACAGCUUGUUGAGGGAAAAGUUGACCCUGGUAACCCAGCUGUCUUGGUUAUUAGCGCUUCUGCCAUAAAAUCAUUGGAAAUGCUGAGGGGCUUGCGGAUAUUGACUAAAGAAUGCCAAGCUGUGAAGCUAUUCUCGAAGCAUUUGAAAAUUGAUGAGCAGGUAACUCAAUUAAAGAAUCGUGUGAAUAUCGCCAGUGGUACACCAAGCAGGAUAAAGAAAUUGUGUGAAAUGGAAGCCUUAGGGUUAUCACGACUGGAAGUAGUCGUUCUUGAUAUGCAUACUGAUGUUAAAGGCUUUUCAUUGCUUAGCCUCCAACAAGUCAGGGAUGAAUUCUGGGAUUUAUAUAAGAGCUAUUUCCACCAGCGACUUCUUCAAGGAAGUCUACGUGUUUGCUUGUAUGGUCCAAUACCAGUCGAAGUUGGUCAGAGUGCGAAAAAGUCUGAAGAUGAACAAGCCAGCCAUUUUUGAUUUGUUAGUCGAGGGCUAGAUUGUUCUGUACUUGUCCAUAAUCUUAUAGCUACAAUUUUGGCGUAGUAGAGUUUUUUUCCUCUGGAUUUGCGGGGCCAAGUAAACUGGAUUUGUAACGGGAGUGCAGUGUCAGGUUUGAUCUAUUAGAUUUUUUUUGAACAAAAGGAAGGAAGAAAUGAUCCAUAGAAAGCAA